CUGGAACCUAAAAUAUUUUUUGCAAAUGAACGUACAUUUAUCGAUUGGCUAAAGUUUUCAAUGUUAAUCCUGACAGCUGCCUUGACGCUACUCAAUUUCGGUGACUAUAUCAGUAUGAUUGCUGGUAGUACAUUCUUUGGAAUUGCAGCAGUCAUUGCAUUAUAUGCGUUUGGUAGAUAUAGAUAUAGAGCAUAUCAGAUCCAUAAUACGCCUCAUAUGCGAUAUGAUGACCUGUUUGGUCCAUUUGGAUUAUGUUGCUUACUUGUGGCUGCAAUGGUGGUAAAUAUAUUA